AUGACAAGUUCGUCUGUCAAUCCCUCGUCAGUCUCCACACUAAGUGCUGUUGCUUCUGGAACAUUUAAUGCUGCACUUAGCGUUGCAAAACUUAAUUUACAUCGACGUCGUCGACAGAAUCAUACAACAAAUAAUGAACAACAGUUGGGAUAUGGAGAUCGAGAUGGAGACGACGAAGAGGACGAUCCAUUUGAACCACUACAACAACAACAACAACAGCAACGUCAUCAUCAUGAACAACGUCAACGUCAUCAGAGAUAUCGUAAUCAACCGAGACCGAAAAAGACGAUACAUUUAUCGUCGUCGUCCUUAACGUCGAUUGUAUCUUCACCAUCGUCUCAAUCAGGUGACACUCCAUCUCGACUCGUGUCGUCGUCGUCUUCGUCACUCUCGGUACGAUCACCAUCUGCACGGUCAUCGUCAACAACGUCGCCUUCAAGUCCACGAAAUGAAAGCAUGUCGUCGUCCAUGGUCAGUGACAUGACACAGCAUUUACCUGAGCUCUCGACCGAGAAAGUUGAAGCACUUGUAAACUUUAUUGACAGGUCUGUAGAUGACGCGUAUAAUCUCAGUUUAGGCUUUGGUCGCGUGCGCUGGACGCCUAGUAGAGCGAGAGAAGGUGUGACCAUUCAUCGAGCAAGAAGCGGUCGGGAUGAUACAUUGUUAGAUGCGGCUGUGAGGGGUAAAUGCAAUGUUAGCGCCACAUUUAGAGAGAUCAGCGAUUUGCUGAUAACAGAAGCCACCGCUGAUUUUGUAGACCACGAGAAUGCUGUGAAUUCUAGUGAGUUUCUGGAUGGACAAGUACUGUACACGCUCGUACCUCGUACACCUGAAGAACGCUUUGCAUGUGUCAAGUGGCACUGCCUGCGGUCGUUAGCGCCCUCGGUUGCCAAGCACCGUGACUACGUGUAUGUGGAACUCGUGGAUUCAUUCAAAGAUAGCGACGGUCGUCGCGUUGGCUACCGCCUAAGCAAGAGUGUGGAUCUGGACGUGCUGCCGUCCCGUGACACCAAACAUCUUUUUGUACGCGCAAAGACGCUGACGUUGCAGACGUGGAGUGAACGAGCGCCAGGAAGUUUAGAGUUUGUUACUAUGAUAAUUAAUGAUUUAGGUGACCGUCUGCCGUCUUGGCUUGUGCACAAGAUGGUGGAAACAGCAGCGAUGCGCUCAGCUUGUAUACGAGACCAUGUUAACCAACGCCGUCUUGAUAUGCUUGUAUACGCUGGACCGAGGGACAUGGUGCCGCUAAGCCGCCGCAUUUGCUGUGUUGUAUGCACACGUAGCUUCUCUCUUGUGCGAAAGAAACAUAACUGUGCCGCGUGUGGAGAUGUCAUCUGCAGCCAGUGCAGUGUGUUCGAGCUCGUGACAGCGCAUCAGCGACUGAGCGAUCUUUCGGCUCCAGGAGGAAAGCGCAAAACUCGCAUCUGCGUCAAGUGCAGCAGCAAGAUGCAGAGCCGAGAGUUGCCGCGACGUGCAUCCUCAGCGCAACAGGGUGACUUUUUACGUCUCAGUUCGGAUGGCAGCGUCCGCAGCUCUUCAUCUAAUAGCUCGUUCUUGGCGCGCUCGCACGUGUCCGCAGACAAAGCUUCUGACGAAUCUCGCCGCAGUUUUCUCUCCGACUCAACCGCUGGUACGAGUUCGCAAGACUCCGUUGAAGACAGCAGUCGAGGCAGUAGCAACGGUAUGUCAACAGUGCGCAAACAAGUGCCCCAUAUGUUCCAGUUUCGUCCGACGUCUUCUUCUCUCGGUAAGAAUGAACGUUUGUCAAAAGCGUCUACAUCAUCAUCGUCGCCUAGGGAUGAAGAGAACCAGCUCGAUGUGGAAGAGCUGCAGCCACAAUUAGUUGGCGACACUAUUCUUGCGCCAGUCCCUGUGGAGCUUGACCUUGGUAUUGGGAAAUAUAAGAAAACAUUUACUCAGCCGCUGACGCGGACUGAGAAGGAUUAUGAAGCUGAAGCAGCCGAGCUGGCGGAAUACAGCGACUCGGAGGGGGAAUGUAUUGAAGACGACGCUGGUAACUUUCUUAACACGGAAGGUCAUAGGCAGGACGCGUUAGGGCAAUCUUUAUUGCAGGCUACAGUUAUGACGCUGGACAUAAGCAUGCCAACGGUACGCAAAAUUGAAGUGGCCAGUUUUUUGACAGAAGAAGAGAAUGCUAAUCUUGACACUGCAUCGAGCGGUUCGGACUCUACCAGCUUUCUCACGGUGGAUGAGAACUCAAAAAUUGUGGAAAGUAGAUGUUUUGGUAGGAAAUCGAUACCUAGUGCUAUGGUUCCUGUGCAAGUGGAAGAGCUCAUUAUAGAAGAGAUGGUUCCUAAUAGUAUUUGUACGAUCCCGCGUCGCAGCAUGGAACUUGAAGAAGUGAAGGUGAAAGAGCUGAUCAUUGAGGAGUUCCAGCCCGUAAAUGUAGGCAUUGUACCGCGACGUGGCAUCGACUCGGAGGAGCUUGUGAUAGAAGCGAUACAACCUGAAAAUGCAGAUGAAAUUCAGGUACCAAUGGUGGUUCGUAAAGUGGCGAAAAGAUUAGUUGUUGGCUCGGGCGGACGAAACAGUCGUGAGUCAAAACGAACACCAGUGCCGCGGCCUACUGGUGCCCCGCCUUCGCCACCUGGGGUUGCUGACAUGCUUACAGACAGUAUGGCAAGCGCCAAUGCGAGUAAAAAGAAUACGAUGCUUUUGAACGGCUCUCGUGCCGCACCACCACUGGCCCCAAUUGCUGCGCUUCUAACGUCAGAAGAGGAGACGAUCAAGCUAGAGAACCUGCAGGUACAUCUUGACCGAAUGAAUCAAAUUUCGGCAAACUUGCGUGACCUUCGGAAUGAAAUGAAGGAGACAACAAAAGCCCCAGCCAGCACAAAGUCAGCGAUGGCCGCGCUCACAACCUUUGAGACCAAGGCAAACGCCGAACGUGCAGCCAAAAUUGCGGCCAAUUUUGUCAGCUUGUUGGACCGAAAUGCGGCGCCCGCGGCUCGACGAGCACAGCAGGAUUUGCAGCAGAGCGGCAGACCUCGCACAAGUCUGUUCAAUUUGACACUAGCCAUGGGCGAUGGCAGCUUCGUGGACUACCUUGGAGACUCGACGUUUGAGGACGUCGGGGAAAGCCCUGACGGCACGGGAUUGGGGUGGCAGUCAGUGCUUUCUCAAACGACUGGCAAGCAGUAUUUCUUCAACCAGAAUUGUGCGCUUGCGUCUUGGACUUUACCAGGACCCGAUAUUUUUCGGGGAACGCUUUAUAUGGUGCUUUAA